UAUGUAUUAUUUAUUUUUUCGGAAGCAUGCCAAUAGAUAUGUCUAAUAAUGACCGUGGGCUUUGGGGAUAGCAGUUAGCUUCCUGGUAACCCUUCAAAAAACUUUGUUAAAGAUCAGACUUUAAGGAUACCUAACGAAGACCUUGAUACUUGUUACCUUGAAAUGAAAUGUCUGGUGAAUGGUGACAUAAUUAUUUCUUUGAUAUCCCGCAAAAACGCACCGAACGAAUAUGUUAUCAUCAUCAUCGUAAUUAACAAGUUAACAAAUCGUAUUCAGCUAAUUGUUGAGCAUGAAUCCUCUGAGAAUGAGAGGAAUAGUCCACAACGCUGGCCCAAUGCGGAUUGGCAAACUUCACAAACAUAAAGAAUUACGAAAAUUCUCUAGGUUUCCUCUAGAAGUUUUUCCUUACCCUACGAUACCGAUACAUGAUAUUUAAUUUCUGAAAUUGCACAUAGCUGAUAAGUUGGAGGAUCAUUACCCGGACCGGAUUCGAGCCUACUCCUAGGCACUCCAAAUCGAAGGCAGAAUCCACUGGGCUAUCACAGCUCUCAUGUUCCUCAUUUACAUGUUCAUGUUUGGAAUCUGUUAUACCCAGAUAUUAAUGUGAUAAAGUUAAAAUUAUAAAAACUACCAUUCUACCGUUGUCACAAUUAUCUUUUCAAAGUAUGUUUGUCCAGAAAAACCAUAAAUUACAACAAGUUAUCGCACUUUUAUAUAUUAUGUAAACCAUCAUUAGGGCAUCAUAUAUCACGGAUAAUUGGACACCGGACUUCGACGCUAUUGCUAAAGUCAAUACAAAUAAUGAGAAACAAUAUCAGUAGAGAAAUGUACGUCAACUUACGAGUACACUGCUGAUGCUAACAUGCAGUCACUACAAUAUCUUUUCUGUGUUAUUUUUUGUGCAAUAACCGUACAAACAGAACCAAAUUUUCUAAUAACACGUAUAGAUGAUAAUGUGCUAAAAAUUUGUAGAAACGCUACAAUUAGUUGUAUUGUUAAAUUAAUGGAAAAGUUUGUUGACUGCGGGAGUUCUGCAGUGUUAGUUGACAAAACUGAUUUAACAAAUUCUGUGAUUAAAUCAUUAAGCCAUAAAAGCUGUUAUAGUUACAUUUUACGUUCAGUGCACACGCAUUCACGACUUCAACAAACGAAAGUCUACAUUAUUUCAACUUUGAAUGUCCGGCAGUUUACGUCAAGUAUAACUCAACUAGCAAGAGAAGUUGGCUGGAAUCCAAAAGCCAGAUUUUUAAUAACAAUAAAAGAGUUUGAAAAAGAACAAAUUUUAGAAAUUUUCAAAACACUUUUGUCACAUAAUAUAUUCAAUGCUCUCUUUGUAAACGAGGAUAACAAUGAGAUUACUAAAGUGUAUAGCUAUUUUCCAUUUGAUGACCAAAAAUGUGGUCAAGUAUCCCUUGAUAUAAUAAAAGAAGAAGACUGCGAUUACGUUGAUACAAUUGAGGAUUAUUACAAAUCUUUGGAGAUUAAAUAUAAAAACUGCUCGAUAGUUGUUACUGCAAGUGAAGACAUGGUAAAUUUUAUUUUUAGAAGUAACCAACUAUAUUCAUAUUUAGGAAAAAAUGCGGAAGGCAUAGAAGAGUACAUGCUUCGAAAUAUAGCAAAAUUGGAAAACUUAAAGAUUGAAUAUAUAUUAGGUGGAGAUGAUAAACGUUAUGGAAUAAUUUUGCCAAAUCACACAGUGACCGGCGUAUUGGGCUAUUUACAAAAUGAUAACGUUAGUAUAGCAGGAGGUGGGUUCUUCUUAAUAAGGAACCGAGCAGAUCUAUUUGAUUUUAUAUGGGGUUAUAAUUAUGCGACUAUAUGUUUAUUUACGCCAGCAUUCGGCAAGGAAAACUGGAAAAACGUUUAUCGAGAGUUUAGUACCUUGACGUGGAUGUUGAUUGUUUUCUCAUUUUUCUUUACUUCGACUUUAAUUAUCGUCGUACGCAAAUAUAUAUUGAGAAAAGAAGAUGACAAGUUGGUAUUAUUGAUAAAAGUAUGGGGAUACAUUUUUGGCCACACAGAUUAUGGAUUAUAUCAAGGUAGGAAAACGCGUAUCAUUAUUUUAAUUUGGAUUUGGUUCACAUACUUCAUCGCGAGUUUUUAUAAUACGGCAUAUUAUAGUUUACUUACAAGAAUAGACGUGGAAAAGAUGCAGCAAAAACCGGCCAACCUUGAGUCCUUUCAUCUAAAACCCUGUUUAACCGAUACUAUUCGAACGCUGUUCAAAUAUAAUUUUAAUGAAAUUUUACCCGCAAACAGAUAUAAAAACUGUAACUAUACACAAAUGGCGUUAGAUUCAGUUGCAAACAGUAAUGAUUUAUACGCCCUAGAAAUGGAGUAUGGUUACAGAUUAAGAGAAUAUAGAUAUAUCGAUAAAGAGGGUAACUAUAAACUUGAGAUGACGCGAUUUUCAGGGGAUAUGGUCUUCGCCUUAUACACUAAACGGGGAUUUCCAUUGCUACAAAAAUUCCAGAGGUACGCUUUCUACCAUUUCGAGUCAGGUAUUCUGCAAAACCAUCUGAAUGAAAUAUUUCACAGCAUUCAUAUAUUUCACCAGCACUACAAAUCGGAAUAUACAAAUUCUCGUCUAACAGACUAUAGAAUCCACUUUUGUGUUUUGUUUCUUGGUUACUUUAUUUCAACUAUCUGUUUUAUUAUGGAAGUUUAUAAAAGAAAUAUUUAAAUUAUAAGAUCUGUUUAAGAAAAAAUGUCGUCUUCUCCUAGAACUUUGCGGUUAUAAAAUAGGGAAAUAGAUAUAAAUUCAGGUAU